AUGACAAGAAAGUGGUUCCAGAUGUGGUUUUGGGGUACCACAUCUGUGUUGAGGGUGUAUGUGGUUUGGGAGUACCGUUUCCAUGUCAAGAUAGUUCCGGGCGACCAUAUUUGUGACGAUGCAGAUGUGGUUGGUGAGAACUACUUCCGUGUCGAGGGUGUGUAUGUGGUUGGGGGGUACUGUUUCCGUGUCAAGAUAGUUCCGAGCGACCGUAUUUGUGACGAUGCAGAUGUGGUUGAUGUGGUUUGGGAGUACCGUUUCCAUGUCAAGAUAGUUCCGGGCGACCGUAUUUAUGACGAUGCAGAUGUGGUUGGUGAGGACUACUUCCGUGUCGAGGGUGUGUAUGUGGUUGGGGGGUACCGUUUCCGUGUCAAGAUAGUUCCGGGCGACCGUAUUUGUGACGAUGCGGAUGUGGUUGGUGAGGACUACUUCCGUGUCGGGGGGUACCGUUUCCGUGUCAAGAUAGUUCCGGGCGACCGUAUUUGUGACGAUGCGGAUGUGGUUGAUGUGGUUUGGGAGUACCGUUUCCGUGUCAAGAUAGUUCCGGGCGACCGUAUUUGUGACGAUGCAGAUGUGGUUGGUGAGAACUACUUCCGUGUCGAGGGUGUUUCAGGGGGACCAUAUUGCUGUGCAGGCACCGUUAUCGAUGAAUUUAGGAAAAUAAUCAAAUUUAUGCAUGACCUCCCAAUUGAUGUCUUCGAUGUUCUUCUGGAGUUCUGCGAGCCUGAAGAUGUUGAAAGUUUUCUACAGGUCUCGCCCCAUGCGCAGAUGGCAGCCGAUAAAAUCAUAUUUCAUUCCAUGAAACUCACUAAUGACAUAGGGCAGAGUAAAGAACAACUCUCUCUGUGGCAAACAUACGAUUGUUCAGGCCGUUUCAACUCCUCUCCCAGAAUUCUUCACAUUCCCGCCUUCCAUAUCCUUGGGCCUCGUAUGCAGUACAAUGCAUUUAUCUGUGAUAUUUUGUCCAUUCCCUCCAUUUGCAAGAAUGUCUGCCGUCUUAUCCUGGAAUUUUCACAUCCCAGCACACUUGCCCUCUUUUGUCGUCCCGAAUUUUCCUUCAUCCAGCUCAACACCAUUCAUGCUCACAUUCCGUGGUACUUAUUCAUUCACUCUCUACCCCACCUUGCAUCCCUCACCCCUACCAAGUGCAUCGACAGUGUUGCUGUUCACGGAUCAAUCCACUAUGAUGUCAUGAUGCCCGCACUUCCUGCUGUUACUCUACCUCCCGGCGGUGCGCCAGUAUCAGUCAAAAAACUGCUUUUGCCAUAUGCGAGCUCCUCGCCGGCCACCUAUCCACAUAUUCCCCGAGCGGUGGUUUCCGGGAGAGUUGAUGUUCAAAAACUGAGUACCUUCAUCGUCGAGAUCACUGGCUGGUGGCAGGAUCGUGACAUUGCCCUUGUACUUGGUGGGAUGGUGAAUCUGCGAGAACUCAUAAUCAAUGCUCGUGAACAAGCCGACGCUCUAGAUCGAAUCCACUUUCCUCCAAUCCGCAGUCUUGAAAUUUUUGGAUACCAUGGCGAUAUUUCAUUCUAUAACGUGACAAAAGAGAUUGGAUAUGUGCCGCAGAGUUUGCUGAAAGCCUUGCAAUCCAUGCAAUGUGACCGGAUUCAGCAUCUAUCCCUUGAUAUCUUUUACAAGGGACCCACCACCAUUGAUGAUGAGCUAGAGAGCGAAGAGCCUUUUAAAUGGAAGACUCUCAAAUUAUGA